GAAAGAACGAAAUAGAAAGUACAUUACUCUUGACUUAUAACAGGCAGGAUGGUUUAUGAUACAUGUUUUUGUAAUAACUUGAGUUAUGGUUGAGAUUUUGUUCUUCCUGUUUUUGGUGAUCCAAACAUUAAUUUGGCCUGGUGCAAAUGGAGAUCCCACAGUGACCUGUGUUUUCAGACAGAGCUGCAUUUUACCCUGUAAUGUUGAUCCCAGUUCUGAUACAGUGAUCCACUGGGACCAUUUAACAUCAGGAGAGCAUAAUGUCCACUCAUACUAUGAUAGUGAGGACCAGCUGGGACGCCAGGACCAGCAGUUCAAAGGUCGGACGUCUCUGUUUAAGGAUCUGAUCUCCAGAGGAAACGCCUCCUUAAAACUGACAGGAGUGAAGAUCCAGGAUGAAGGGAGAUACAGAUGCUACAGCAGCACAGAGAGAGGAAGCAAGAAAACAUUCAUUCAGCUAAAGGUUGAAGACAGAGCUGCAUGUUACCCUGUCGGAUCGAGCUUGGCUCUGAUCCGCUCAUCCACUGGUACCAAGAUUCAGCUGGAGAUGUUGUGGUUCACUCCUACUAUGAUGGCAGAGAUCAGCUGGGUUACCAGAACCAGAACUUUCAGAACCGGACAUCACUGUUCCAGGAUCAGAUCUCCAGAGGAAACGCCUCCCUGCUGCUGAAGGAGGUGAAGAUCCAGGAUGAGGGAAGAUAUAAAUGUUACACCAGCAUCAGAACAGGAUAUAAAGAAUUAUUUAUAAACCUGAAAACAGAAGCUCCAGUCUCUGACAUCAGAAUCCAUCAGGAUGGAAACAGGAUCACCUGCAGCUCAGAGGGGAUCUACCCUCAACCUGAACUCACCUGGUCCACUGAGCCUCCAUCCAACACGGCUCUGAAUGAAAGUACCAGGAUCCAGAAAACUGAAGAUCAGCUUUAUGACAUCAGCAGCUCUCUGACGGGUCCAGAUGAAGAUAAUGAUGUGAUCUACAGCUGCACCGUCAGAACCAGGAGCAACAACAUGAUAGAAACUUAUACAAUAGGACGUUCACAUAAAGAAGAAGAUUCACCCUGGUGGCUGAUUGGUGGUUUGGUUGCAGCAGCAGUGGCUGGACUGAUUAUAGGAGUGGUAGUCGGGUAUUUAUAUGAAAGAUGUAAAAGUAAAAAGAGUAAAAAUGGAUCAGAAUCAGAUGGAAAACCUGAAAACAAAGAUUGUGAGAUGGAUGGAGAUGGAUGUGGAAGAAAGUGCAGAAUGUUUCCUCAUAAGAGAAAAAACCCAAACAUUUCAUCCAUCCGUCCAUUUUAUCCACCAUUAAACCAUCGGGGGCCUGAGGGGAGCUGGGGCCAAAAUCCAACUGUCAACGGACGAGAGGCGGGGUCACCAGGACAGGUCAACGGGGACAGGUCAACUAGGAAAGGUCACCAGGAAAGGUCACCAGGACAGGUCACCAGGAAAGGUCACCAGGACAGGUCAACAUGGAAAGGUCAACCUGGACAGGUCAACCAGGACAGGUCAACCUGGACAGGUCACCAGGACAGGUCAACCUGGACAAGUCAACCUGGAAAGGUCACCAGGACAGGUCAACCUGGACAGGUCAACCAGGACAGGUCACCAGGACAGGUCAACCUGGACAGGUCAACCUGGACAGGUCAACCUGGACAGGUCACCAGGACAGGUCAACCUGGAAAGGUCAACCAGGACAGGUUAACCUGGACAGAUCCAGAGGUUUCCUGUGUUUUCAGACAGAGCUGCAUGUUACCCUGUCGGAUCCAGCUUGGCUCUGAUCCGCUCAUCCACUGGUACCAAGAUUCAGCUGGAGAUGUUCUGGUUCACUCCUACUAUGAAGGCAGAGAUCAGCUGGGUUACCAGAACCAGAACUUUCAGAACCGGACAUCACUGAUCCAGGAUCAGAUCUAUAGAGGAAACGCCUCCCUGCUGCUGAAGGAGGUGAAGAUCCAGGAUGAGGGAAGAUAUAAAUGUUACACCAGCAUCAGAACAGGAUAUAAAGAAUUAUUUAUAAACCUGAAAACAGAAGCUCCAGUCUCUGACAUCAGAAUCCAUCAGGAUGGAAACAGGAUCACCUGCAGCUCAGAGGGGAUCUACCCUCAACCUGAACUCACCUGGUCCACUGAGCCUCCAUCCAACACGACUCUGAAUGAAAGUACCAGGAUCCAGAAAACUGAAGAUCAGCUUUAUGACAUCAGCAGCUCUCUGACGGUUCCAGACGGUUCUGAUUGGAUCUACAGCUGCACCAUCAGAACCAGGAGCAACAACAAAACAGCAACUUUAAACAAAACAGGACGUUCACAUAAAGAAAAAGAUUCACCCUGGUGGCUGAUUGGUGGUUUGGUUGCAGCAGCAGUGGCUGGACUGAUUAUAGGAGUGGUAGUCGGGUGUUUAUGUAAAAGAUGUAAAAGUAAAAAGAGUAAAAGUGGACCAGAAUCACAAUCAGCAUCAGGUGGAAAACCUGAAAACAAAGAGGAGACGGAGAUGGUCCUUUUAAACGGUAACACAGAAGAAUCUGACAGUAAACAAGAAUUAAGACAACAGGAAAAUAUAGAAGAUUCUGUCAUUGAGGAACCCAGAGAGACGGACAUCUUGGAAACACAGAAGUGAUUCCAGAUGUGCUGCAGCUGUGAGGGGGAGGAGCCUAAAGGGAGAGAAAGGAGAAAAAUGACUGGAAACAAGAAAACCAGACAAACAGGAGACAGAAAAACUAGAAAACACAACAAAGAUCCAAAACAUGCAGAAUCAACUGAACACAAAAUGACACAGAACUGAAGUUCAUGACAGCAGAAAGUUGGACCUUAAUAAAACUUUCAGAACUUCAAGAAUUUCAUCUCAUUUGAAGGAAAAGAGACAAAAACUGCAAAUUAAGAUCAUUAUUUCAUGUUGAAGUGCUUUAUUUUUUCUGCCUUGAAUAUAUAUAUUUUUAAUAACAAAGUAUUAAACUGCUUUAUUUUUACUUGCACAGUUU